CCUUAUCACGGUAUCAGCCGGCGAGCAGGGGGCAGUGAGGCAGUGCCGCCGGGACCGCACUGCUGGGACAACGUGCUUCUCAGUACACUGUGUCAAGUUCAGUGCUUAGCCGUAUUCAAAUAUAAGAGUGACCAUGCCAUCGGGUGCGAUAGUCCCGUUCCCGGUGGAGCGCGAGCUGGAGAAGAACCCGGACAUCACCCGGGCCGACCUGGACCGGCUGCGCGCCUGGCUCGCCACGCAGCCGCACCUGCCCGGGGAACAUAUCACAGACCUGGACCUGGCGCUGGUGUUCCACUGCUGCGAGCGCUCCGCGGAGGUGUCGAAGCAGGUGCUGGACCUCCACUACACGCUGCGGACGCUGUUCACGACGCUCUUCAGCGGCAGAGUCUUGGACGUUAAAGUUGAGAACUGCCUCAAUGUCACCCUCCUCUCCCCCUGCCCGGUGCCCACAGCUGAAGGCUACCGGGCGAUCUACUGCCGCCUCCUCGACCCUGACCCUCGCCUGUUCGUGUUCCCCGACAUCGUGCGGACCUUCAUGAUGACCUUUGACCUGUGGCAGCUGCAGGAGGGCAGCUGGCCCGGGCUCGUCAUCCUCAUCGACAUGGACCAGUGCAAGAUGGGCCACGUCACCCGGCUCGACCCCAUGACUGUGCGCCAAGUGCUGUACUUCUUGCAGGAAGCAAUGCUGGUCCGGCUCCAAUCCGUACACUUCCUGAACGCGCCGUCGUUCAUGGACCGAGUGAUGAUGCUGCUCAAGCCGUUCAUGAAGAAGCGCCUGCUGGACAUGAUCCGCAUCCACGAGCCCGGCUCCACUGCAGUCUACGACCUGGUGCCGCGAGAAGGGUUCCCCAAGGAGAACGGCGGGGAGCACAUGGACUAUAAUAGUAUUAGAGACCUCACAAUCCAAAGGUUCAAGGACAACGCGGCGUACUUCCAGGAGGAGAUGAAGAAGCGCGUCAACGAGUCGCUCCGGCCCGGCGGCAAGAAGACCACGGUCGAGGACCUGUUCGGCAUCCAGGGCAGCUUCAAGAAACUAGACAUAGACUAGGGUUUACUAUAGCAUACGCUGAUGUGCAGAAAGGGACGUAAUACUUACUAAACAAAAAUAUUAACAAACAGUAGUGUGUUACAACAGUGAAUGUUUCAAUUCAUGGCAUUAAAACUUUACGAGUAAAACAUUAAAGGUAAUGUAACAUGUUACACAGCGAGCAUUCGUGCAGUCAGUACGUAGUGUUACGGGGAAACCAGCGAGCAACGAGCCCUCGUUGCUUGCUUUGAGUGCUCCACCCGGCUGUCACAUGCUCGCUGGGAAUGUUACAUUACAGUCCGUAAUGUUAGUCAGAGCUUAAAACUAAUGAUGUCUUACUUUAACAGUAUACGAGUAGAAAGUGACACGCAUAUAUUUAAUAUGCCGACACUAGCUUAAUGUUCUUUUCUGCAACUUAGCGAUAGUAUAGCGUAUAAGAGAAUUUAGGAUAAGGAUUGGUUGGAAUGAAAUGGUGUGCGAUUAAAGUUUUAAGAUUUUGGA